UCUCAGGUGGGAGUUGGGACUAAGGAAGGCUGUUUAGUCUAUGGAGCGGUCCAUGGUCUGAAGGGGGAGACCAGAACAGAACCAUGAUGGAGCUUUAGAGAAAUAUAGAACAGACAGAUCCAAACCGUUACUUUGUCUCAAUUGCUUCUUCGCUCUCCAUUCUCUCAUUUCUCAUACUAUUCACUCUGAUCUACUCUCUUUUUCUUUUAUUCUCAUUUUCGAGGAGUAUAGUCAAAUAAUGGCUGGAGGUGCUGCUGGGGGUUUUGUGACUCGAGCAUUCGAGUCAUUACUCAAAGAGUGUUCUUCUACGAAGAAGCAUCCCGAGCUACAGAAGGCUCUUCAGACAUACAUAGAUGUUACGAAAGGGGUGAACCAGAUACAGCAGGCCACUCCUGCUGAGGCCAGUCAGGCUGCACCCUCUGCGGAAGAUGAGAGUACGCUUGAUUCUGAAGCUGGAGCUGUAGCUAGAACAGAAGCAGAUCAAUCACAGAAGGCUGAACAUGUUAUUGAGGAGCCAGAGCCUAGUAGCAGGCCUAAGAGUGGAAACAUUACUGCUAUUUUAGCUCAUGCUGGGCAUACUCUUGAAGGAGCUGAUGCAGAGCUGGUUUUGAAGCCACUUAGACUUGCCUUUGAGACAAAGAACUUGAAAAUUCUAGAACCCGCCUUAGACUGUCUCCAUAAACUUAUUGCUUAUGAUCAUUUGGAGGGAGAUCCUGGGUUAAAUGGUGGUAAAAAUGUCCCACUAUUUACAGAAAUUCUGAACAUGGUUUGCAGUUCUAUUGACAAUUCAUCACCUGACAGUACUAUACUCCAAGUGCUGAAGGUACUUCUUACUGCUGUCGCCUCGGCAAAGUUCAGAGUGCAUGGGGAGCCUUUGCUGGGAGUUAUUCGAGUAUGCUACAAUAUUGCUUUGAACAGCAAGAGUCCUAUAAACCAAGCAACAGCGAAGGCAAUGUUGACACAGAUGAUCAGCAUCAUUUUAAGAAGAAUGGAAACUGAUCAGGUUGAAUUUUCAUCUGGAUCUGGUGUACAUUCAGAGGAAGCUUCAUCAGAGAAUUUGAACACAAAAAUUGAGGAAGCUUCCAAGGGGGAUUCAAAUGACAAAGAAAUGACUCUAGGUGAUGCGCUUAGCCAAAUCAAGGAUGCAUCUCCAACAUCGCUUGAGGAACUUCAAACUCUUGCUGGCGGUGCUGAUAUCAAGGGCUUAGAGGCUGUACUUGACAAGGCUGUGCAUAUUGAAGAUGGUGAAAAGAUAAUCCGAGGAAUUGAUUUAGAGAGCAUGGGUAUUGCACAACGUGAUGCUCUGCUGGUCUUCCGUACUCUUUGCAAGAUGGGUAUGAAAGAAGAUAGUGAUGAAGUUACAACCAAAACACGCAUAUUGUCCCUUGAACUUCUGCAGGGUUUGUUGGAAGGAGUUAGCCAUUCAUUUACAAAGAACUUUCAUUUUAUUGAUUCAGUGAAGGCUUAUCUUUCAUAUGCAUUAUUGCGAGCUUCAGUCUCACAAUCCCCUGUCAUAUUUCAGUAUGCCACUGGAAUAUUCUCUGUGCUGUUACUGCGAUUCAGGGAGAGCCUCAAAGGUGAAAUAGGCAUAUUCUUUCCCUUGAUAGUUCUAAGACCACUUGAUGGUUCAGAAUUUCCAGUCAACCUAAAACUAAGUGUUCUUCGGAUGUUAGAGAAAGUAAGCAAGGAUCCGCAGAUGCUUGUUGACAUUUUUGUUAACUAUGAUUGUGAUCUUGAGGCACCAAACUUGUUUGAACGAAUGGUUACAUCUCUAUCCAAAAUAGCUCAAGGGAUUCAAAAUACUGAUCCUAACUCAGUUGCUGUGUCUCAAUCAUCUUCAAUUAAAGGCUCGUCACUCCAAGGUCUGGUAAAUGUUCUUAAAUCACUGGUUGAUUGGGAGAAAUCACAUAAAGAAUUGGAGAAGUUAAGAAAUAGUAACCUUUAUGAGGGGGUUUCAGCUGGGGACUCUGUAGAAAUAAGAUCCAGGGAUGAUGUAACCAGCGAUUUUGAGAAGGCAAAGGCUCAUAAAACUACAUUGGAGGCUGCUGUUGCUGAGUUCAACAGGAAACCAGUGAAAGGGGUGGAGUAUCUAAUAUCAAAUAAGUUGGCAGAGAACACACCUGCUUCAGUAGCUCAAUUUUUGAAAACCACUCCAAAUCUGGACAAGGCUACAAUUGGUGAUUAUUUAGGUCAGCAUGAAGAGUUUCCCCUUGCUGUGAUGCAUGCUUAUGUUGAUUCCAUGAACUUUUCUGGCAUGAAGUUUGAUUCUGCAAUCCGAGAAUUUCUCAAAGGGUUCCGACUUCCAGGUGAAGCUCAAAAGAUAGACCGAAUCAUGGAAAAGUUUGCAGAGAGAUAUUGUGCAGAUAAUCCAGGUCUUUUCAAAAAUGCAGAUACAGCAUAUGUUCUUGCAUAUGCUAUUAUUUUGUUGAAUACUGAUGCACAUAACCCAAUGGUGUGGCCUAAAAUGUCCAAGUCUGAUUUUAUACGUAUGAAUGCCAUGAAUGAUGCUGAAGAAUGUGCUCCUACAGAAAUGCUGGAAGACAUUUAUGAUUCCAUAGUCAAAGAAGAGAUUAAAAUGAAAGAAGAUGCAUCUCUUAUGGGAAAAAGCAGCAGGCAAAAGCCAGAAAAUGAAGAGGGACGUCUUGUCAGUAUUCUUAAUCUGGCUCUCCCCAAAAGGAUGUCAUCUGUAGAUGCCAAAGCUGAGAGUGAAGAAAUCGUUAAGAAAACACAGGCUAUAUUCAGAAAUAAGGGUGUUAAAAAGGGGGUAUUUUACACUUCUCAGCAGAUUGAACUUGUAAGGCCCAUGGUAGAAGCUGUUGGGUGGCCAUUGCUUGCUACAUUCUCUGUAACUAUGGAAGAAGGUGAGAAUAAGCCUCGUGUUCUUCUAUGCAUGGAGGGUUUUAAAGCUGGCAUUCAUAUUACGUACGUGCUUGGAAUGGAUACCAUGCGCUAUGCUUUUUUAACAUCUCUUGUCCGGUUUACUUUCUUACAUGCCCCAAAGGAAAUGCGUAGUAAAAAUGUGGAAGCCAUGCGGACAUUGUUGGUUCUUUGCGACUCAAACACAGAUGCCCUUCAAGACACAUGGAAUGCAGUUUUGGAAUGUGUUUCUCGCCUUGAAUUCAUAGUAUCAACUCCAGCAAUAUCUUCCACUGUGAUGCUUGGGUCAAAUCAAAUCUCCAAGGAUGCUGUAGUUCAAUCUCUAAAAGAGUUGGCUGGAAAACCUGCUGAAAAAGUAUUUGUUAAUAGUGUUAAGCUGCCUGGUGAUUCAGUUGUGGAAUUCUUCACUGCUCUUUGUGGUGUAUCAGCUGAAGAACUAAAACAAACGCCAGCUCGUGUUUUCAGCCUUCAAAAACUUGUUGAGAUUAGCUACUACAAUAUGGCUCGUAUACGUAUGGUCUGGGCUAGAAUAUGGAAUGUUCUGGCAAAUCACUUUAUAUCAGCUGGGAGUCAUCAUGAUGAGAAAAUUGCUAUGUAUGCCAUAGAUUCUCUAAGACAGCUUAGUAUGAAGUAUUUGGAGCGUGAUGAGCUGGCCAAUUUCACCUCAAAUGACAUUCUCAAACCAUUUGUUGUCCUCAUGCGUAAUAGUCAAAACGAAACCUUAAGGAGCCUGAUUGUUGACUGCAUUGUUCAGAUGAUCAAAUCUAAGGUUGGGAGCAUAAAGUCUGGAUGGCGUAGUGUCUUUAUGAUUUUUACAGCUGCUGCAGAUGAUGAAUUGGAAUCAAUUGUUGAGAGUGCAUUUGAGAAUGUUGAGCAGGUUAUCUUGGAACACUUUGAUCAAGUAGUUGGGGAUUGUUUCAUGGACUGCGUAAAUUGUCUUAUUAGGUUUGCCAAAAAAGUUUCACAUCGGAUAAGUUUGAAGGCCAUUGCACUCCUGCGUAUCUGUGAGGAUCGCCUUGCAGAGUCUCAGACUGCAUCCUAUAUUAUGGGUGAUCCGUGA